CCUUGAUCGUCUCUACACCCCGGUUCAUUUUCAAUUUCGACUCUGGCCUCACACGUAGAUCACACAACUGGUACCUAGUAAGAUGCAACUGAAGCUAGUUGUUCCGUGGCUUGCUGCGUUGGCAACGGCGAUCCAAGCCACAACGCUGACCAUUCAAAACCAGUGCAGCGAAAGCAUUGCACUCUACGACAAUUCGGCCUCCGAGACCGUUGCCUCCGGUGGCAGCACUACCCGAACGCUGUCGUCGGGUUUCAGCGGCAUGUUCCGUAAUGGCGUCAGCGCCCAAGCAACGUUGGCCGAGUUUUCGAUCACUGGCGGCUACACUUGGUAUGACAUUAGUAUCAUUCCUACGGGGUCGUCUGGUCCCGGUAAUUGUGCGUCGUUGGGAGAGUGUAAGGCGGUGACCGGCGGCACGGGUUUCAACACUCCCAUGCAGAUUGCGCCGUCUGGAUGCGCGACCGUCACUUGUCUUGAAGACGGUUGUGCGGACGCGUACCAAUACCCAAGUGAUGAUAGCAAAACGCACUCAUGUGUCAACACUGCCAGCGUUACGUUGACAUUCUGUCCAGGAGGAACUAGCAGCUCAACGAGCAUCACAACUCCAGCUCCUACUCCGACACCAACAGCAGAAGCUCCGAUAACCCAGGCACCAGCAACCGAGGCCCCUGUCAUUGUUCCGGUCACGGAAGCCCCCACUACUGCUCCUGUGACAGAGGCACCAACAACCGCCCCAGUCACUUCGGCUCCAUCGAUGACCCCAUCGUCGGCCCCAACGACAGCACCAGUGACGCUGGCUCCAGUGAUAGAAGCACCUCCAACGGAGACCCCGACAUUAAAACCAACCACGGCAGCACCGACACCAGAGACAACCACAGAGACCCCCACGCUGUCUCCAUCGCUCGUACCCACCCAGACUCCCUCGUCCAUUCGGACAACCGAGUCACCCACUCCGGUUCCGACUGAAGCUCCAACGGAGACGCCGACCACAGCCCAGGUGUUCAAGUUCACCAUUCCCACGGACGUACCCGUAACCGAGGAGCCCACAGAUAUCCCUACGGUUGUGCCGAUUCCGACAUUGUCUGCACCCUGGGAAAGCAGUAGGUCAUCUUCCUCCUCAACGUCGUCCUCGGGAUCUCAGAGUGAAGAUACCAUCACGUUUCCUCCCGAGGGCAACACAACCCAGCAAGCGGUAGCCUCAACGACAGUCUCAAUUAAAUCUGUCACGAUUGCACCUACGUCGGCUGACUCAACCGGUCAGACAACGAUAACUGAGACGGCUUCAUCAUCAGAUACUCCUGUGAGGACCAUUGUGGCGGCGACAGUGGGUGCUGUGGCGGUCGUCGGUGCCAUCGCUGCGAUCAUCAUGGUACGUCGCAAAAAGCAACAAAUGGAUGCUUCAGCUCUUAAAGACGACCUCGAAUGGCUUGAUGAGUUUUCGGGUAUGGUGACACCCGUGACUCGAAUCCCCACCAUGUAAGAUUUCCUGCUCAAGCAAAUCUACACCUCAAGUACAAAUCGGUGCGUAUUAAACGGCUACCACGAAUAACACCUUUGAUCGAUACGUGUAUCUUGAGCCACUUCGUCACUACUCGACACGGAAUGACAUACGUGUAUAUCGAGCACUGCGAACGUUCUCUACACUUUCAACGAUGACAUGGUGAUAGUGAAAUUUGAGGAUCUGAACUCGUUGGAGUACACUUAAUCAAUCAAAAAAUAGCCCAUAUUUUUAGCAGAAUGGUCG